CUUAUGUCUAUAAAUUUAGAAAGCCACUUAGAAAGAGUUGUUAUACAUCCUUUAGUGUUAUUAAGUGUUGUUGACCAUUUUAACAGAAUUGUUAAAAUAAGCAAUCAAAAAAGGGUUAUAGGUGUCUUAUUAGGAUCCUUGCGCAAAAAUAUUUUAGAUGUAACCAAUAGUUUUGCAGUGCCCUUUGACGAAGAUGAAAAAGAUAACGCAGUAUGGUUUUUAGACCACGAGUAUUUAGAAUCAAUGUAUGGAAUGUUUAAAAAAGUGAAUGCAAAAGAAAAAAUAGUUGGCUGGUAUCAUACAGGACCUAAACUUCAUCCUAAUGAUAUUAAAAUAAAUGAAUUGAUUAAAAAAUUUUCCAAUGUUACAGUCUUGGUCAUUAUAGAUGCCAAACCCAAAGAUUUAGGCCUACCAACUGAAGCAUAUGUAAUGGUUGAAGAAAUACAUGAUGAUGGUACCCCUACAACAAAAACAUUUGAACAUGUUCCUAGUGAGAUUGGUGCUGAAGAAGCAGAGGAAGUUGGUGUUGAACAUUUACUAAGAGAUAUUAAAGAAACAACCCUAGGCACUUUAUCCCAAAGAAUAACUUACCAAUAUUUAGGAAUGAAGGGACUUGAGGAAAAAUUAAAGACAAUCAGUUAUUAUUUAAAGCAAGUAUCGGAAGGCAAAUUAAUGGUAAAUCAUCAGGUAAUAAAUAUUCUACAAGACAUCCUUAACCUACUACCAGAUAUAGGUUUGCCGGAGUUUGUUAAAUCGAAUGUUGUUAAAACAAAUGACCAGCUCUUAGUUAUUUAUUUGGCAUCCAUGAUCCGAUCCAUACUUGCUUUAAAUAACCUCAUCAAUAAUCAAAUAACCAACAGGGAUGAAGAAAAAAAAGAAUUUAAAAAAGACGAAAAUAGAGAUGCUAAAAUCCCAAUCAAAAGUGAAGAUGCUAAAUUAGAAAUAAUUGACAAGGAGACUAAAAAUUUCCCAAAAUAACUCAUUGAUGUUACAUUAAUAUUUUUAUUACUAAAUUUCGGAUGCCUCGUGAUUUUACAG